AUGAAGCAAUUGCACAAGCAGGCGAGCGUGAAUCAAAGGAGGGACGAAGAGAUCCCAUCAAACCUAGCCUCAACCUACUCUCCCAAGGCUCUCAAACACCCUCGAUCUCUCCCCAGAUCCAUCAACUACCUCUUCAAAGAACAGAGGCUCCUCUUCAUCCUCGUCGGCAUUCUCAUCGGCUCCACCUUCUUCAUCCUCCAGCCCACCCUCUACCGCCUCGGCCCAUCUGACCCCAACAACCCCACCACCUCCAUCUCCAGAUCCUUCUCCACCGCCCAUGACCUCGUCUCCAAGCCCACCCAUGCCAAGGUGGGUCGGGUCCCCGUCGGGCUCGGCAAGCGGAGGCUCCGAAUUGUCGUCACCGGCGGUGCUGGGUUCGUUGGGUCUCAUCUUGUUGACAAGCUCCUUGACAGGGGCAACGACGUGAUUGUGAUUGAUAAUUUCUUUACCGGGAGGAAGGAUAAUCUGGUGCACCAUUUUGGGAACCCGAGGUUCGAGCUCAUUAGGCAUGACGUCGUUGAGCCGAUUCUGCUGGAGGUCGAUCAGAUCUACCACUUGGCCUGCCCUGCCUCCCCUGUUCAUUAUAAGUAUAACCCAGUCAAGACCAUUAUAUCCUUUUUAUACAAUCAUACCAAUGUGAUGGGUACUCUUAAUAUGUUGGGACUUGCCAAGCGAAUUGGGGCAAGGUUUUUGCUCACCAGUACGAGUGAGGUGUAUGGGGACCCCCUGGAGCAUCCUCAGAAGGAGACUUACUGGGGAAAUGUAAAUCCUAUAGGUGAGAGGAGCUGUUAUGAUGAAGGAAAGAGGACAGCAGAGACAUUAGCAAUGGAUUAUCAUCGAGGUGCAGAUGUCGAGGUCCGUAUUGCUCGAAUUUUCAACACUUAUGGUCCACGUAUGUGUUUGGAUGAUGGGCGUGUUGUCAGCAAUUUUGUUGCUCAGGCUAUCCGCAGACAACCAUUGACUGUGUACGGUGAUGGUAAACAAACACGAAGCUUCCAAUAUGUCUCUGAUUUGGUCAAUGGACUGGUGGCAUUGAUGGACGGUGAACAUGUGGGGCCUUUCAACCUGGGUAAUCCAGGGGAGUUCACCAUGCUAGAGCUUGCUGAGGUUGUCAAAGAAACAAUUGAUUCAAGUGCGACAAUAGAAUUCAGACCAAAUACUGCUGAUGAUCCACAUAAGAGGAAACCUGACAUUAGCAAAGCAAAGGAGCUAUUGAACUGGGAGCCAAAGGUGUCCUUGAGGGAGGGACUGCCUCUUAUGGUGAGCGAUUUCCAGAAUCGCAUUUUAAACGAAGACGAAGGAAAAGCCAUUAAUUAA